AUGACUUCGACUGAGUCUAUCUUGAAGCGUCUGGCAGAAGUGGAAGUCGAAAAGGAAUCGUUACGAGUCCGACUCCUCUCCAACCACAUGGACAGUAGCCAAGGAAACUCCCGAAGACAGACUAUCUUCGCGCAUAAGUCAACGGAGAUUGAAACACCAACAGCAAUCAGAGACAAGGUGGCCGGAUGGCUCAACAAGCCCAAAAAGCAAUCGUCACACUCAGUUCUUUUGGAAAUCUUCACACAGUAUGAACGGUACAACCUCGUCUUCGACAACAUAUACCAGCGACUCGAGAUCCAAGACGUCAUUGCUAUCAGUCGAACAUGCACAACCCUGUCUUCGUUCUACAAAAAUAUGCUACCAUGUCGAUGGAACAUCAACCGGAGACUGGCAAGGUUCGUAAAUGACCCAAGAGACUUUAGAGCCAGAUUGGGAACCGCAGACGCCCUCAUAUCUGGUACCUUCGCGCUGCUGUUCUUCGCUCAGCUCUACUGGCUGGAUUCUGGACUAGACAUAUACGUUCGGCAAGGACCAAAGGCUGAUGCGUUGAUACGAUAUAUUGGAGAAGACAAAAGCUACGAGUUCGAUCACAGCUACGGUUGGUCAGACAACGAUCAGCAUCGUACUCUUACCAAGGUCCUCAUCUUCCGAAGAACAGUCCCACCCGGCUCGCCACAAAUACGAUUCCAUCUUACUCGAACAUUACCGUUGCACAGUAUCUUGAUCGAUUGUGCCUUCUCGACCGCUCAUGUCAACAUCAUCUCUUGGAACAAGGCAUAUUGCAUGUUCCCGAAUGUUACGUUCAUGGACCGUCGAAUGUACUUCUUGCACAACCCGGACGAAGCUAUGGGACAGAUCUUGAGCAAAUACUCGGCUCACGGAUGGCGUACUUCUGACUGGGUGGACUAUGACCAGGCUAAAGGGUGCAACAGACCUGGCAUUCGAGAGAACUUCAGGAGCAUAGGCGACUCAUCAACGUGGACCAUACCACUCAACACCUACAAGAUACGCGCACCCGCAUGCCCGGACUCUGUGCUAGAAAGCUGCACAUUUCAGAUCUUCCCAGACUCUGGACCUCAAGAAUCACCGCAUGCUGUCACGGGACUCAAGACUUUCGGUCUCGGAGCGCAGAUAUUCUCAUGCUGCAUGUUGAAGCAGACCUAUACGUUCCACGCACCGGACAUUAGCUGGAUCGUGUUUCUUCGAGAGAAGCUCAGCCGGAUGAUCAUGCUCGAACUUCUCAAAACUGGAGAUACAGACUUGAUUGCUAGAGCAAAGCAACCAGACUUCAUGUCUGGUGAUCACAAAUGCUGUCCUGUACUCAGACUAAGGUCACGGUUCCAGAGACCUGAUGGAUGGGAGUGUGUUGAUCAUAUGAUACCUGCUUGGCUCGAAGAAUGGAAAUUGGCUAAGAGAGACAGAACGGAAAGCCUCGAUCUGAAGCCACAUCCGUUGACUAUUGUCCGAUCCAAGAAACAGCUACAAACCUCACAGAAGGCGCUUGAGUCUGUACCUCCACCAGUACCACCUCCACAUGCAAGGUCUAUGACGACGAGCAGACUACCAUCGAGGUCCAUACCAGUCCCGUUGUCAAGCCCUGUGAGCGAUCAAUUCCCGGUGUCUUUGAGGACGACUUCAGUAUCCUCUGCAAGACUUCCACGAUCGUCCUCAGCUAGCCACAUCAGUGCAUCUAAACCCGUCUCAACCAAGCUGCCAACUCUUGAAUCACCAACGCGGCGCAUCGUAUCGGCUCAAUCUCAGCUCACGGAGUCUGGGCCGUCGCUUCCUCGAGUCCCCUCAGCAUCUUUGCCGUUGAAUAAGAAAUACUCGGCUCAAAUCCCAUUAUCGAGUGACCUGCAACCUCUCAGACCGCAACUCCCCAGAUUUGCAACAGCAAUUCCAUUGCACAAGCCAAGGACAUCACUCCGAGAUACUACACCACCAAGGUCACCCGAGAAGCAGAAGGGCGACUACUUUUCAUUCAUACACAGACGACCAAAAGCGUUGUUACCACCGAAGUUAAACCUCCCCUCGGCAGAAUUCGGCCCUCUGAUACCUGAUCUAUUGACACCGCCACCGGAUGUACCUCUGCCUAGAUCUGCUGGACACCAACGCAAGACAUCGCCCCUAUUUUCCCCCUCACAUCUACCGUGGUCGCCGUUCGAGAAGAAGUUCCGCAACGUGCAUAGCAAACCCGGUUCUCUGAGUUCUAUGUCUGCUCGAUCUGAGAAAAUGAUUCCAGGAGAGAUGAACUGGCUUUGA